AUGGCCGAUGCAAAAGAUAACUUGCAGAUAUUUCGAAUACUGCUGUUUCUUUUCGUAGCAUGCGCAAGCUCAUUAGAACUUAGGUCAAAUCAUCUGGAAAUUAAAAAUGACGACCAAAACGAAACGAGUUUAAACCUGAGCCAAAGAAAUGACAGCAAUGCUUCGGCAGCGGGAGGUUUGUUCAGAGGUGAUACCAACACAAAAGACAGCAACAUCAAAACAGCAAGAAGACUUGGAGAAGAUAAGCUGGAUGGUGAAUACAGCGGCUGUCACAAUAGUCAUGAGAUUGAACCCAAACAUAGUUGCAGUUGUAGGUUCAACAUCUGCAACUGUUCAAAUCAAAGACUGAAUGCUGUGCCUAGCGAUUUGCCCUUCGACAUGACAACGCUGAUAUUGAAUAACAAUUUCAUUCAAGUUCUCCAAAAUGGCGUCUUUAGUAACUACUCGCGUUUGAGAAAUCUAUCUCUUGAAGGUAACAAGUUAAAAUUCCUUUGUGAAGAUUCAUUCCAAGGACUCAGUCAGCUUGAAGUUUUGAAUUUAUUCGCCAACUCUUUAAAAUACAAUGAAGCUAAUUUUCCUACGGGUGUUUUUAAGCCCUUGAGCUCACUUAAGACUCUCAUACUGAACAAAAAUAAUAAAGAUUUGAAGAAUUGUUCAUACCCGCACAUCUCGCUCUCUGUUUUGACAAAUGUACAGACUCUGUAUCUCGAUGGUAUAAGCACAAACUUUGGUGUAGGAUUUACUAACAUGACACAUCUACAAACCUUAGUCCUGGUAGGAUAUUUAUCUGGCUAUUGUAAUCUCAUCUCUCUAAAUAACUCGACAUUUGUUAAUCUCAAACAAAUAACUGCACUCAAUUUAAGCGAUUGUGGGCUAAGUGGGUCUAAAGUCAGUCAUAAUACUUUUGAAAACUUAACAAACCUUCAAAGUCUAGACUUGUCUAGUAAUUGGAAUUUCGAGAUGGAAAAUUUGAUAAAGAUGAAAUGGAACCCCAAUCUAACAAAACUCUACAUCAACGCUGUUGUUUCUCGUUUUUCCAAAUCCUUGACCAUCACCGAAGAAUACGUUGCAAAUCUUCCAAAAUUUUUGACCCACUUGCAAGCCAGAGAUAACUGCUUUGAAAGCGUGUCAGAAAAUGUACUCUCAAAACUACCUACAAGUCUAAAGCAUUUAGAUAUAGGAGGAAAUAGAUUUCUUUACGGGACUUAUGUCAGGAAUCUUUCUCACCUGGAAAGUUUAGAGACUCUUAUCUUAGAUGGGGCUGGCCAGGUACAUAAAUUGCCGCGAUCUAGAAACCGUGAGUUGGAAGAGGUCAUGGAACGCAAAGAAAAUUCUUUAGGCAUUGAUUUCUUUUCUAUUGCUGUUCCGCCAGUUUUGAAGACUUUAAAGAUGGAUGGCGCUGGUUUACAAUACCUGCUGAGCAAAAUAAAAAUCACGAACAAAAAUCGUAUUGAAAAUCUUAUACUAAGCAGCAACUAUUUUCCUGUUAUUAUGGGACCGAUUUUUGGACUUGAAAACAUAAAAUACAUUGCUUUAAAAUUUACCUCUACUCAUACAAUCGAUAAACAGUUCUUCAAUAACCUGGUUAGUUUAGAAAAUGUCUCUCUUGCUAAUAAUGUUAUUGGAGAAUCUCUAGAAAAAUCUAAGACAGGAAAUUCGUUAUUUCACCCUCUUCGUAAUUUAACAACUUUAGAUCUAUCCCAUAAUUUUAUAACCACCAUGCCCAACAAUACAUUUAAAAACCUGGAUAAACUUCAAAUUCUAAAUCUUGAAUCCAACAAUAUGUGGCAGUUCACUGUGGAUAUAUCACAUAUGAACAACCUAACAUUGCUGAACCUCAGCCGCUGUCAGCUGACGAGUUUACCCGUCAAACUUCGAAACCACAUCGACUUCCUCACCACCAAACCCGGGCACAGCAUCACCGUGGACCUGUCUUUAAACCCUAUCAACUGCGACUGCGACAAUUUUGAAUUUAUCCAAUGGAUGAAGAAAUCUCCAGCCUUUGAUGCGAACUUCACACACUACAUGUGCCAGUACUCCGAUGGAUCCUUCAGGUAUGUCACGGAUGGGUACGACAAAACUCUACUGGAACUAAACAGAGCCUGCGUGAGUAACUACAUCAUCUUUCUUAUUGCUGUACUCUCCACCAUCGUGCUGGCUGCUGCCGUCGUUGCUUGCAUCAUCUACAGAUUUCGGUGGAAAUUGCGCUAUCUCUACUUUGUCGCCUACAACAAGUUCAAAACUCCAAAGGAGGCUGAAAGUAGUUUCAACCACGACGCUUUUGUCUCUUACGCAUGCGCUGACGAGAAUUUCAUUGUGAAUGAACUUAUGCCAGAGUUACAAAGUCACGGUGUGGAUCUUUUCAUACACGGGAGGGACUUUGUGACGGGGGACUACAUCGCUUCAAACAUUGUCACCGCCGUACGAGAGAGCAGGAAGACUUUGGUGGUACUCACUAGACACCUGCUCAAGAGCACCUGGUGUAACUACGAGCUACAGAUGGCCAACAUGGAGUCGGUCCACACGGGGCGACGUGUGCUGCUGUUCCUCCUGAAGGAUUCCAUCCCAGCUGGCGAGCUGGGCCACGAGCUGCUCUACCAUAUCCGCAGCAACACCUACAUCACCUACCCCAGCAGCAACAACAGCAGCGACAGGGAGUUGCGUGUGUUCUGGCAGAAACUUGCUAAUGACAUCAGACAACCUUAG